AUGGUCACCGUCAAUGACGUUGAUGAUGGAAUGAAGGUUAUCAGGGAAAAACUCCAUAAUAAGAAGGUGCUAAUUGUUUUAGAUGAUGUGGACCAUAGGGAACAGCUUGAGAAACUAAUUGGCAAGAUCAGUUGGUUUGGUACAGGAAGUAGAGUCGUAAUUACGACAAGAAACAAAAGUAUCCUAGAGGGUGGAGAGAGAAUCAUACUUUAUGAACUGAAAGAAAUGAAUUCUGAUCAAGCACUUCAGCUUUAUGUGAAUCAUGCAUUCAAAAGAGAAUCUCCUAGAGACGAUUAUUAUGAUGGGCUUUCAAGGGAUAUUGUUUCUACCAUCGGAGGACUUCCUUUGGUCAUUGAGGUCUUGGGUUCUUUUCUUAAUUGGAAGCAAAAAACUAUGUGGAAAGAUACACUAGAAAGAUUAAGGAGCAUUGCUCAUGAAGAGGUGCAUCGAAAGUUGAAAAUUAUCUAUGACACCUUAAAUUGGAAGUAA